AUGAUGCACGGGAGGAGAACCGUCAUGGCAGUGGCCUGCCUUGUCUGCACGGUGGUCGCUCUGCUGCUAGUCCAGGAUGUUCAGUCCAGGAAGCUAUCGUGGACGGAGCAGGAGGAGGAAACCCAUGAUGGCCUUGGCAACCAUGGCGCUGCUGCUGGCCGAAGCACCACCCUGGAACCGUGCAGUGACGCUAUGGGAGGUGGUACAGGAAGUGCAGACAAGGGUGAACUGCCGUGUGAUGAUACGUCAAAAUGGACAGAAAUGCACACGGAUUACAUAUACACCCAAGACGUCAAGCACCCAUAA